AUGGCAACUAUCAUCGACGCUGUCCAGAGCUUUCCAGGUCUGCAUGGCCUGCUCAUGCCUGCUACUGUCAGCAGUCCUGAAAUGGACGACAUCACCGAGGACUUCACUGCGGAACAAGAGACUAUGCUCGCUGAACCAUGCAAGAGCAACACGAACAUCACGUCCACUACUUCAGAGUCGCGUCACGCAGUUGGCACCAGCUCGAUCGAUACGACAUUGCAGUCCACGCUGAUGGAGGCCUCAAAGGGUGUCACAGAGGGCACCAAUGCCGAAUAUAAGAGGUGUGACUCAAUCAACCUCGAUGGCACACCCAAGCCAUCUCAUGUCGAGCGGGGCACCUAUGGGCAUGCACAGAAGAUGCGGGCGUCCAUGACAUACGCAUUUGGGAGGCUUAGUGGUCUAGGCAAUCUGACAUGGCACGAGUCGGAUAUUGGAGGUGGGCUGAUGGUUGGAAACCCUUCCAUUUCCAUCGAGGUAUCAUCCUACAUGUGCUCGCUCCGCAGGCGCAAGGUGCAAGCGGGCGAGGUUGCAAACAGUGCCCGGGCUAUUACCUCGGAAAUAUUGCUAAAACUGUAUCAUUACAACCACCUCCCUGAAAAUUGGACCAUUCGUGCCUACCAGCCUGGCGAGCGCGUGCGUGGUGGCUCUGGUAAUGACCUGAGUCGAUGGGGUGGUGGGCGUGUACGGCGGCUUCUGUCAGCUGCCUAUACUGUGGCAUUCAUAUGCAUGCUUCGUUUUGACGAGGUUCUGAAGAUACAGGUACACGAUCUUCGCGUGCACGAUACCCAGAUAGUGCUACACCUUCCCUUCCGCAAAACUCAUCAAAAUGGCGACAUCAAACCGUUUCACCUCUGGCCCUUUUCAUCGUCCGAGGCACACCUCUGCCCAGUGAGAGCACUUGCUGCCUGGCUGAAGGAGUCGAAAGUCACGUCGGGCUACCUCUUUCGAAAGAUUGCUUCAGGUGACCGAAUCUCAGAGGCCAAUAGUCCCAUGACAUGCUGGAAAUACUCUGGGACCAUCUCCAAUCGAUUUAUGUGA